ACAGGUCAAGCUGACAUGACACAAAUCGCGUAUAUAAAUCAAAUUGAGAAGUGGGAUCUCUUAUUUAGUGCGCAGCAUUAUUCACGUAACAUCAUGUGGUUGUAUCUGGCUUUUCUCUUAAUCAUUGGAACGACCACAGUCGAUCACAGUCAUGCCUGGGAAACCGGAAAUGAAUAUCAUUAUCUUAUAGAAAGUCGGACACUGACAGUCUUAGACAAGUUAGCUCAACAAUUCUCUGGAAUUGUGAUAAAGGGCGGUCUUACUGUCCAAGUAAAAUCGCCAGAUACGCUGCAGGCUGUAAUUUCCAAAACGCAGUAUGCGUCCGUGCACAAAGUAUUGCCGGAAGGAUGGAAUAGCGAAAUCGCCGAUCUCAAGUUUGAUGAGCUUUCCAUGUCGGGAAAGUCCUUCGAGAUCAAACUCAAGCAUGGAGUGAUUCGGGAUGUGUUGAUCGAUCAGGAUGUGUCUACCUGGGAGGUGAAUUUGAUAAAAAGCAUCGUGAGUCAACUGCAGAUUGAUUUACAAGGCGAGAAUGCAAUAGCGAGUAAAGAUAAUCAAAUACCGAACGACAGUCAGCCUUAUGGUGUAUAUAAAGUCAUGGAGGACUCCGUUGGCGGCAAAUGCGAAGUUUUCUACAGCAUUACGUUAAUUCCCGAAAAUUUUGAUUCAACAUCUUUUCCUAAUCUCCACAAAGAUGGUUUUAAUUUCUACGUUACGAAAACGAAGAAUUAUGACAGAUGCGAUCAGCGAAUGGCUUACUAUUCCGGUAUUACUAGCAAAAUGAAUUGGAAACCGGGAUCUAACAAUGAAUUUCUUUCGAGAUCAUCUACAAGUUCUAUUCACCUGUCAGGUCAUGUGAAACAAUUUACUAUUUACUCGUCUACAACAGCCAGCGAGAUAUUAGUCAAAUCUAAAAUUCACGAUACAUACGCUGGCGCUGUGUACAGUAACGUGAGCUUAACUUUGGACAGAAUCAGUCACAUUUCCAACCCUAUAUCUACAGCUAACAAUCUCGUAUCAACCGGAAACUUAGUAUAUAUUUACAAUAAUCCGUUCUCUAAUCAGCGUAAACCGCGUCGUCCGAGUGUCAGUCAAAGUUCCUUAGAGGCUCAAUUAUCCGAAAGCCACAGUUCUAAUAGUUCUAGAGAGAAAGAUAGUAACGACGACGAUAGCAGUAACUUUUCAAAUAAACCCAGCUUCAAUAGCGAGGAGAAUGAAUACUUGCAAUCCAAACCAACGUUGGACGAUGCUCCAGAGAGUCCGCUGUUACCUUACUUUAUUGGCUAUAAAGGCAAUAGUAUUCAAAAAUCAGAGGUGGAUUAUGUUUCAGAAGCGGCUCGUCUGAUCGGUCAGAUAAUCGGAGAUCUCCAAUAUGGUCCUUUUGAUAUUUUGAAGGGAUCAAUACCAGAUGUUUCAGAACCAUACAUAAUUCUUGUUCAAUUGGUUCGCACCAUGAAUGUUAAACAAAUCGCUGAGAUAGAAAAUAAAUUGCCCGAAUUGUUUAGUCAAGACAAACGAAACAGUUUUUCUAAUAAAGACCAAAAUAAAUUAUAUGAUCAAACUGCAUGGGAUGUCUUCAGCAAUGCUGUUGCGAAUGCAGGAACUGGUCCCGCCCUUAUCACCAUCAAAAAUUGGAUAAAAAAUGGAAAACUCGAAGGUUCACGUGUGUCACAUAUUAUUCCGAAAAUUGCCAAAUCUGCUCUCACUCCAACGGAGGAAUAUGUCAAAGCGUUUUUCGAAUUGAUUACUGAUGAACAACUAACGAAACAUAGAUUUGUACCAAUCGCACCUUUAGCAUUCGCCGAAUUAGUCCAUUACACUCAUACCAGCAAGUCUACUUACUAUCCAGUUUAUAGUUUUGGCCGUAUGAUCUUUAGACAUGACAAUGCGCUUAUUGAAACUUACAUUCCGUAUAUGGCCACACAAUUGAGAGAAGCCUUUAUAAAUGGUGACAAACGUCGAAUUCAAACAUACAUUAUGGCACUGGGCAAUUUUGGUCAUCCAAAAGUACUCUCUGUCUUUGAACCGUAUCUGGAAGGCACGUUACCGGCAUCAAAGUUCCAACGUUUGAUGAUGGUCGUCUCGUUAAAUAGACUAAUUGAAAAUUUCCCGAAAAUCGCCAGAUCUGUUGCUUAUAAGAUGUAUGUAAAUGUAAUGGAGGCCUACGAAUUGCGCUGUGCAGCUAUCUACGUCAUAAUGAAGACCAAUCCACCCCUAAUUAUGUUGCAACGAAUGGCGGCAUUCACUAAUCAGGAUCAGGAUCGUCACGUAAAUUCUGUCGUCAAGACCAGCAUAAAUGUCCUCGCUAAUUUGAAGGAACCAGAGUUCCAAGGUCUUGCUAACAAGGCGCGUAUCGCUAGAGAGCUGUUAAAUCCUCACAUUGAUACUGAAAACUACUCUCAAGGCAUUUUACAAGAGAAAAUUCUCACCUCCUUAAACAUUGCCCAAAUGGGCAUUCUUCAGAUCAUUGGUAGCUGUGACUCUGAUACGCCCAAAGGUGUAUAUUUUGAUAUACAUCAAUCUUACGGUGGCUUCAAACUACCUCCAUCAAGGCUAUCAUUCGAAAUGUCCAGUGUGAAAGAAUUGUUAGAUAUGUGGAACCAAAUGCCCUCGAUAACAAUGGACAAAAAAUUUAUCGAGGAUAGAUUGCUUAUCGAAGAAACUAUUGAAAAGCUUGGCAUUAAGGCCGAAGAUCCGGAAGAGUUUGAAGGAAACAUCUUCGUGGACACCUUACUUACUUCAGAACUCAUUCUCUUCGACAAUCAUACAGUUGAACACAUCACCGACGUGGUAACAGGAUAUAUUAAGUUGUUACAAAAGGUACAGACACAAGUUUUUAAUACUACAAACAUAAAUCAUAUGUACUAUUACGAUAUGACGCUGGCGUUUCCGAGUGAAAGCGGCCUGCCGUUUAUCCACACUUUAACAGUACCAAAGUUAAGGAGAAUUAGUGGUGAAGGAUCUCACAAAAUCGCAAUAUCAGAAACUGAAAAAUUUAUGGAACUUGCUGCAAUGGGCUACAUAAUGGAAGAUGAAAAGAUUCAAAGCAGAAUUGGUUUCGUAACGCCUUUCGAACACAAGCAUUACAUUGCUGGUAUUGAUAUUCACACGCAAUACUUUAUACCAAGUGGUUUAGGUAUUGGUUUAAAUAAAAUUGGAGAAAAGAAGAAAAUUCAGCUAAAAAUACUUCCACGUGAAUAUUUUCAAUAUGGCAUGUCUUUUAUUCAUCAUAACGUUGUUCCUUAUACCGCUAGAGACAAUAUUCUAGACUUUCAAUCCAUUUUCAACAAAAUUGGUCACGACACACUCCUGGUACACACAAAAGAACCGCAUAAAAUAGAAUUCUUAGUAAGUAAUAUGAAACUCGAGAUAAAAAGUGAUCUUAUUGACAGCAGAGCAUCGAAAAAAGUAGGAACUGGAGUUGAAACUUUUAAACAGAUUUAUAGUAUUUUUAAUAAUCCUGGCGCCCAUUACAGGGAAAUAAACGCGUUCAUAUUUUUCGGGUCAACUCAAAUAAAUGCAAGUUAUAAUUUUGCAAUUUUGAAUGGUAAUAGUUCAGAAGCAACGAUUCCUACAACAUUUGACAAACGACCCGAGAGCGAGGCGAGAAAAGAGCAAUUCCUAAGGGAAGUCAGCAAAAGUAUGACUAUUGCUUAUAGUCAUACUUUUGACAUAAGUAUUUCUGAUGUGAAUAGUAUACAUGUUCUUACUCUCGCUUAUGCGUAUAGUCAUGUAGAUUCUAAGGCGCAGGCUCUUUUAUAUUGGAACUUCCAAUCACAAGAACAAGUCUUCCUGGAAUUUUGCACUAUCGGAUAUACGAAAUCACAGAGAAAUUCUCUAAAUUUUGAAAACGCAAUCGAACAGAUACCAAAUGAUGAAUUUAAUGUUGAAAUGAGAUUUGGAAAUUGUUCAAACGGAGAGACGGUUAGAUUCAAGGCUAAUUGGAUUCGCACUGACGAUAUUAAAAACACGGCAAUGAAAUCAGAGAUAGCUAAAAAGUGUCGACAAGAGAUAAAACAAGGCAACAUGCUGCUACCAGCUUGUCAGAAAGCUAACAAAUUAAUCAAUCGAAAAGAUCUACUAAUGACGUCAAUGAAUACGAACUCGGAUCGUUUAUAUGCGAUUGCCAACAAAUUCAUUUUUGGGAGGGAGGCUUCCCAAGAAAAUCUAACAGAUUUAGGAAUUUUGAACUUCGAAAACUCUAAUGAAAAAACUAUUGACAUGAAGAUAAAAAUACUGCCCAAUAAGAAUAAUGCGAAGAUCUCCUUUAGCUCUUCAGAAGAUGAUCUUACAUUAUCUCUGAGAGAAAUUUUAGGGAAUGAUACCACUAUCUCAUGGGAAAAAUUUUUCGAGGAAGAAUUAGAUGAAUCUGUGUGCAUUCUCGACAAGACUCAUGUUGUUACUUUUGACAGUAAAGUGUAUCCCUUAAAAUUAGGAAAAUGUUGGCACGUGAUGAUGACCGUUUACCCAAAACGAGAUCCCUAUAAUCACAAUAAAACUUUAAGAAUUCCGUCUGAGAUGAGAGUGAUUGUAAUGGUUCGAGAAAUGGACGAUAACAGCAAACAGAUCCGAAUGAUCUUGGGUGAUCAGGAAAUUUAUCUACGGAAAUCGAGUGAUCGUUUCGAAGCUACCAUUGACGAUCAAAUAAUCGAUUUCUCGCAUCAUAAAUACCACCAAGAAGAGAACUUUGAAAUCUCUGAAUUGAACGGAAUGAUCAUAAUUUUUUCGCCGACAUAUGAUAUUACUACUGAGUAUGAUGGCGAACGCAUUCUACUGCAUUUAUCCUACAACUAUCUCAAUGCUGUACGUGGUCUCUGCGGCAACAACGACAUGCAGUCCAACAACGAUUUUAUUACCCGCAAGAACUGCAUCUCGACGAAGCCCGAAGAAUUUGCCGCCACAUAUGCUUUGACUGAGGAUAACUGCGAAGGACCCGCUCUGCAGAACAAACAGAAAGCCGAACAAUCCACGUGCAUUCCGAGAACGUAUCGUCCGAGCGAUGUCAUUAAUGAUGUAGAAGCGGGACGAUCUCCGAUCACGAAAGGCAGCGGAUGGGGCUAUCAUCUACUAAGAAGACAUAAUUCUCAUUUUGUAUUCGCACAGUAUUCGUAUAACAUCAUGUGGUUGUAUCUAACCUUUUUGUUAAUUGGAGCAGCCAUAGCUGAUCACAAUCAUGCCUGGGAAACCGGAAACGAAUAUCAUUAUCUGAUAGAAAGUCGGACAUUAACAGCUUUAAAGCUUGCACAACAAUAUUCUGGAAUUGUGAUAAAGGGUAAUCUCACCGUUCAAGUCAAAUCAUCAAACACACUACAGGCUGUGGUUUCUAAGACGCAGUAUGCUCCCGUGCACAAAGUAUUGUCGGAAGAUUGGAAUAGUGAGAUCACCGAUCUCAAGUUUGAUGAGCUUUCCAUGUCAGGGAAGUCCUUCGAGAUCAAGCUAGAGCAAGGAGUGAUUCGGGAUGUGUUGGUCGAUCAGGAUGUGCCUACUUGGGAAAUAAAUUUAAUAAAAAGCAUUGUGAGUCAACUACAGAUUGACUUGCAAGGCAAGAAUGUGAUAAGGAGUACAAAUAAUCGGAUACCCGAUGACAAUCAGCCCUACGGUUCAUUUAGAGUCAUGGAGGACUCUGUCGGCGGCAAAUGCGAAGUUUUUUACACCGUUAAGCCAACGCCCGAAAAUAGUGGCUCAAUACCAUUUCCAAAUCUUCGAAAGGAUGGUCUUCAUUUCUCUAUUACAAAAACGAAGAAUUAUACCAGAUGCGAGCAGCGAAUGGCCUACCAUUCUGGUAUUACUGGUAAAAUGAAUUGGAAACCGGGAUCUAGUGAUGGGUUUCUUUCAAGAUUUUCUACAAGUUCUAUUAUCAUCUCGGGUCACAUGAAACGUUUUACUGUUCAAUCAUCCCAAACAAUAAGCGAGAUAAUUAUCAAGUCUAAAAUUCAAGAUACAUAUUCUGGUGCUGUCUACAGCAGUGUAAAACUAACUUUGCAUAGAGUGAGUCAGAUCUCUAAUCCUAUGCCAACAUCCAACAAUAAAGUGUCAACCAGAAACUUAGUGUACAAUUACAACAAUCCGUUCUCUAAUCAGCGAAAAUCGAGUCGAAGUUUCUUGGCAGAUUCAUCCUCCAAAAGUUCUUCUAAGGAAAGCAGUAGCGACGAUGAUAGCUUGAACUCCAGCAGUAGCGAAGAACGCGAUUACUUGCAACCUAAACCAACAUUGGAGGAACCUCCGGAGAGUCCACUAUUACCCUUUUUCGUUGGAAACAAAGGCAAAAGCGUCCAGAAAUCGCAGAGCAAUUACGUUUCCGUAGCGACGCGUCUGAUCGAUGAAAUAACUAGUGACAUUGAGAAUUUUCCUGUUAAAUUGGACCUUUCGAGCCAACCGUUCACCGAGGUUUUAGAGCCAUACACAAUUUUGGUUAGAUUGAUCCGCACCAUGAAUGUUAAACAGAUCGCUGAGAUAGAAAACAAAUUGCCCAAAUUGUCCAGUCAGAGCAACAAGUUUUCUCAGUCAAAUAAUUCGAAAUUAUAUGACAAAACCGCGUGGAAUGUCUUUUGCAGUGCCGUCACAAAUGCGGGAACUGGCCCCGCUCUUAUCAGCAUCAAAAAUUGGAUAAAGAUUGGAAAAAUUAAAGGCAAGCAAGCAUCAUACAUUAUUUCAGCAAUUCCCAAAGUUGCACGCAUACCUACAACGGAAUACGUUAAAACAUUCUUCGAACUAAUUACCGACGAACAAGUAACAAAACAAAAAUAUUUAAACACAUCUGCACCUUUGGCAUUCGCCGAAUUGGUCCGUCACGCCCAAAGCAACAAGUCAUCUAUCUAUUAUCCGAUCUAUAGUUUCGGUCGUAUGGCCUCCAGACAUGAUAAUGCCUCCCUUGAAACUUAUAUUCCAUACAUGGCUACUCUAUUGAAAGAAGCUAUUAAGGACGGUGACAGUCGUCGAAUUCAAACAUACAUUAUGGCACUGGGCAAUUUUGGUCAUCCAAAAGUACUCUCCGUCUUUGAACCGUAUCUGGAAGGCACGUUACCGGUAUCGAAGUUCCAACGUUUGAUGAUGGUCGUCUCAUUAAAUAGAUUAAGCGAAAACUUUCCGAGAAUAGCCAGAUCCGUCGCCUACAAGAUCUACUUGAAUACAAUGGAGGCCUACGAAUUACGAUGUGCAGCUGUCUACGUAAUAAUGAGGACCAAUCCACCUCUAGUCAUGUUGCAAAGAAUGGCGAGAUUCACUAAUCAGGAGCUAGAUCAUCAUGUAAAUUCUGCAGUCAAGACUAACAUAGAUGCCCUCGCUGAUUUGAAGCAACGGGAAUUUCAAGACAUCGCUAACAAGGCCCGUGCUGCUAAGGAAUUCUUAAAUCCUCAGAUUGACAUUGAAGAUUACUCUGGAGCCACCUUUAAGGAGCAAAUUGUCUCUUUCUUAAACAUUGCUCAAACAACCAUUGUCCAGAUGAUUGGUAGCGCCAUUGGGGAUAUGAAAAACAAUGAUGUGUUUAAAAGUUUGGAUCUUGACAUACAGCAAUCUUUUGGCGGUUUCAAUCUACCCUGGACAAAAAUAUCAUAUGAAAUAUCGAACAUCAGAGAAUUAUUAAAUAUAUGGUACCAGAUGCCCUGGGUGGAAGAAAAUAAAUUCGAGAAGGAACUGCUUAUUGACAAAACGAUUAAAGAGCUUGGCAUUAAGGCCGAAGAUCCGGAACAGUUUGAAGGGAACAUCUUCGUGGACUCCUUAUAUGCUUCAGAAUUUUAUCCCUUUGAUAAUUAUACAGUUCAAGAGAUCAUUAAUAAGGUGACAACAUAUUUUCAGUCAUUGCCGUUGGCACCGACAAAAACAUUCAAAUUUGAAAACAUAAAUGACGUAAAUUACUACGACACGACGCUGGCAUUCCCUACUGAAAGCGGCUUGCCGUUCAUCUAUACUUUAAUGACACCAAAAUUAGUGAAAAUUAGUAGUGAAUUCUCUCACGAAAUCACACCAACUGAGACACUUGUGGAACUGACAGCGUCAGGCCGUAUUGUGGUAAAUGAAAAGCUUCAAAGCAGAAUUGGUUUCGUAACGCCCUUCGAGCACCGACACUACAUUGCGGGUAUUGACAUUAACACAUACUUUGCCAUACCAGUAAGCAUAAAUUCUAUGUUCAGAGGAACAGGAAAAAUUACGCUGGGAAUGUAUCCACAUCAAAGCACUGAGUAUAUAGCGAUUCACCACAGUGUUGUUCCAUAUACCGCAAGAGACGACAUUCUAAAUUUUGAAUCUGUUGUCAGCAACAUUAAUAAUGACACACUUCUGGUGCACACGAAGGAACCAUAUGAAACGCAAUUUCCGCUAGGGAAUAAUGCAAUGUUCACAGUAACAAGUGAUCUUAUUGAUAACAGAGUGGCAAAGAAAACGGGAUUUGAAGCAUUAGGCGAGAUUUGUAAUGUAAUUAGUUGUAGCGGCGCCGAUUACAGAAAAAUCGAUGUAAUCAUAAAACUUCCACCGGCUCAAGUAAACAUAACUUAUAAUUAUGUGACACUAAACGAUAGUUUAGAAGCAACAAUAACUCCUGUAAUAAAUGUCAAUCGGCCGGAGAGCGAGACGAGAAAGGAACAAUUCUUAGCGGAAAUUGGCAAAAAUAUGACUUCUGCUUAUGUUCAUAUUUUUGAUGUAAGUUUUUCUGCUGGUGUCGAUAAUUAUGAUGUCACUCUUGCUUCCGCAUACAAUCCGGUCGGCGAUAAGUUUCAAACCCAUUUCUAUUGGAAUAGCAAAUCAUCAGACGGAAAAGUCCUUCUAGAGCUUUGUUCUGUUACGUAUACAAAGUAUCCCUCUAAACUUAUAUCACAGACUCCUCUAUACCUUGAGGAAGCAAUCGAGCAGAUACCGAAUUAUGAAUUUGAAUCUGAUGUACGCUUUGGAAGUUGUACGAACGGAGCAACGAUUGGACUGAAAGGAAAUUGGAGACGCACUGAUGAUGUCAAAGAGACUAUAAUGAAAUCUGACGUAGUCAAGAAGUGUCGGCAAGAUAUAAAACAAGGCAACAUUUGGCUACCAACUUGUCUGGAGGCCAUUAAAUUGAUCAAUCAUAAAGAUCUUCUGACAAUAUCAAUGAACACGGACUCGGAUUAUUUGUACGCGAUGGCUAGCCAAAUGAUCUUUUUAAUCAAGAUGUCCGUUUCCAAACCAAAUAUGCGGAGAUCCGGAAUUACGGAAUCGAACUACGAAAUUAACGAGAACACUAUUAACAUAGAGAUCAAAAUGCCACCCUAUAGCAAUGAUGAGAAGAUCUUCUUGCGCACUCCUCAUACGGAUGUCGCAUUCUCUCUGAAAGACAUUUUAGGAAAUGACUACAAUAUUUCUCUGAAAAAAAUUCUCGAGGGUGACUCAGAUGGAUAUGCGUGCAUUGUUGACAAAACUCAUGUUGUUACUUAUGACGGUGAGGAUUAUCCCUUAAAAUUGGGGAAAUGCUGGCACGUGAUGAUGACCACUUAUCCAAAACGAAAUCCUAAUAAUUCUGAGAAAACUUUAAAAAUUCCGAUGAAUAUGAAAGUGAUUAUAAUGGUCCGUGACGCGGACGACGACAGCAAACAGGUCCGUAUGAUCUUGGGUGAUCGAGAAAUUCAUCUACAGAAAUUAAAUAAUCGUCUCGAAGUUACUGUUAACGGCCAAGUAACUAACUUAACGCAUUAUGAGAGCUAUCGAGAGAAGGACUUUGAAAUCUAUGAAUCGAACAGAACAGUCACUGUUCUUUCGCCGACCUAUGGAUUUACUGCCGAGUAUGAUGGAGAACGUGUUCUACUACAGUCAUCCUACGACUAUUUCAACGCUGUACGUGGUCUCUGCGGUAACUACGACAUGCAGUCCAACAAUGAUUUCAUCAUCCCUAAGAACUGCAUUUUGAUGAAGCCCGAAGAAUUUGCCGCCACAUAUGCUUUGACUCAGGAUAAUUGCCAAGGACCCGCUUUGCAAAACAAACGAAAAGCCGAACAAUCCUCGUGCAUUUCGAGAUCGUAUCGUCCGAGCGAUGUCAUUAGUGAUAGAGAAGCGGGAAGAUCUCUAAAUAGGAAUAGAGGAUGGAGCUAUUAGCAUUAAUCGAGACAUUCAAGAAAAGCAAUAGGAUUGUUUCUUUUUAGAAAUUGUAAACCUGCGGAGUAGAAGAAGUUUAAAAUGUUUGUUUUAUUAUAUAAUGAGAAAAAGAUUUUCGUUCCAAUUCUCAAGUACAAAAUCCAAUAACGAUUGGAAAAGAUUAUCUAUGAAUCGGAAAUUUUCUCAAAAAUGUUAUAUUGUUAGUUUUUUCAUUAAAUAUUUAUCUAUUUUUUGAUAAGUAUGUGUUAUUUUAUAAUUAUAAUUACAUUGUAAAAAGAAUUAAAGUUGUUGUCAAUGAUGUCUUUAGUAA